CCACAAGGUGGCAACACUGGCCCGAGUCGUUGUUUCACAGUCGCAAAAGGGAAGACAGCAGGACAAAAACAACAAAAAACUACAGAAAUCGCUCGCGUUCACGAGUUCCUGUGAGGGGAUUUAAAGCUGUUUACUGCUGUGUUUUUUUCAAACGGAGGAGAAGCAAGCAGGAGGAAUUACUACAGAAGAAACUACUGACUUGUAAAGAUGGAGUUUGAGGAAGAACCCUUCAGAAUAAAAGAUGAAGAUACUGAGGAACAAAGAGACCCGAUGGAAGUGAAUGAAGACAAACAGCAUCAUUUCAAAAAUGAAGAUGGAAACAUCAUUUCACAGACUGAAAAGAAUUUGACACAGAAAAUUACUGGUGAAAAAGAUUCUUUGACCUGCUCUGAGUGUGGAAAGAGGUUAACACACAUAUCAAACCUAAAGAGGCACAUGAAAUUUCACACUGGAGAGAAGCCUUAUACAUGCACUCAGUGUGGAAAGAGUUUCGUUCUGAAAGCACACUUGACUAGGCACCUACGAGUUCACACUGGAGAAAAACCGUUCACCUGCACUCAGUGUGGAAAGAGUUUCACUCACAAAAGCUCUCUCAACGCUCAUCUGCGUUCACACUCUGGAGUGAGAUCAUUCAGCUGUGAUCUGUGCGACAAAACAUUUGUUUUUGACCAAAACUUAAGAGAACACCUUAAACUUCAUGCUGGUUUGAAGCCUCAUGUUUGUUCUUUUUGUGGAAAGAGUUUUUCACUGCUGAAAAGUUUACAAGUUCACCAGACCAUUCACACUGGUGUGAGACCUUAUAUUUGCUUCGACUGUGGGAAGAGCUUUAGUACACUGAGCAACUUUAAAAGACACCAGAGAAUUCAUACUGGAGAGAAACCGUACCAGUGCUCACACUGUGGAAAGAGUUUCUCUCAUUCAUCAUCCUUGAAAGCUCACGAGAGUGUUCACACUGGAGAGAAACCGCACCAGUGCUCUUCAUGUGGGAAGAGUUUCACCUGCUCCUCUAAUCUACUGACUCAUAAGAAAAAGCGCUGUUGUCUAAGUGAGCGAAAGCUCUUUGAAACAAUGCCGGCGUCAGUCCAUUAAAACUUUGUGCAUGUUCAUGAGCUGUUCAAUGAUGUUAGAAACUCGCUUUUGAAGUGUGGAUGAAAAUUUAUUUAUUUGCUUUGAUUCUCUUUCUUAUUGUGAGGUAGAUUCUGUCUCUUUUUUUUUUUUUUGUUGUUUUUCUAUAUGAACCUAUUAAAAAUUGGUAGUACCACAAAUUUGACUGUUGAUGCAGUUUUAUUGCAAACCAUUUCAACUUACUGACUUUAUAACACGGAUCAGCAAGCAUCUCUAAAUCUGCUGUUUUAUUACAUUUAUUUGAGGAAAGUUAAAAAAGCUCAGUUUAAGCAUUGGAAAUGUUUAAUUUCCUUCUAUUAAAUGACGGGUUGAUCUCCUCUGAUUGUCUUCAUGUUGUUAGAUACAGAAGCUAAAUGUUCUAGAUUAGAGUCAGUUACACAUUCAUUUAAAUGUGGGAUUUUAGUGAAAGUUUGUUCCUGUGCGAGCUUUAUUUGUCUUGAUCCACUGGCUUGUGACCCUCUUUUUCUGCUCUCAUUUAAAUAUUGAAAGUAAAUGUACAUUUCAGUUAUAUAUGUUUAAUAAAAACUAAAAACAA